AUGGACAGCUCUCCCGCCUCGCCUUUGGCCCCCAGGGAUCCCAGCUCCCCUGAAUCUUCGAUCGGCGAACAAAUCGCCACUCUACAGGCCCAGCUUGCCGCUCUGCAGGCCUCGCAACCCGCCGCCGCCGCAGCCGCCGCACCCCCGGCCGUCACCGUCGUGCCGGGGAACGCCGCCACCGCAUCCAAGGUCGUGUUUCCCAAGCACGCUCGUCUGGACGGCCCCAAGUCGUUCACCAACUGGUUGCGUCAACUCCGUCUUGCACUCCCGAACCAGGUUCGUGGUUACGUUCUCGACGGUGUCGUUCCCCCGACCUGGACCGCCGACCAGCUUGCCGCACGUGACGACGCCGCCCGGGAAAUCAUCGUUGGCUCUAUCGACUCCGCCGACGUAUCGGCCACCCUCGACGCCAUCCCCAGCGACGACCUGUCGGCACCGCGCAUCUUUGCCGCUCUCAAGGCUCGUUUUGCACCGGACGACGCUACACGCACUCUCGAGUUGUUCGCUCGCCUUUGGGACUUCAGGAAGAUGCCUGCCUCCGUCGAGGCCUACGACACUUGGCUACGCGAGUACAUGUCGAUUGCUCAGGAAAUACGCGACGCCAAAACAUCGCUCAACGACGUGCUCGCCACCCACGUGCUCGCCAUGGUCCCGUCUUGCCUCGACAGCUUCCGACUCACGUUCACGGACGAGCAGCGAAACCGACGCGACCUUCCCGAACUCACGACGCUUACGGACCGCAUUCGCAUCCAGCUUCGUUCGGCAGGACUCUCGACCUCGCAUUCGGCCAUGCUUGCCACCAGCUCCCCCUGCCCCGCCUGCCGCGCUCCCGGUCACCGCCUGCGCGACUGCACUUCACGUGCGAAGCACCCGCCCACCGGCCCCUGCCGCCGAUGCCACAAGAAAGGUCACUGGGCACUCGACUGCAAGAACCGGGGUGAACAGGCACGUAGCAGCGACGACACCCAGGACGACACGUCUUCCUCCGCGGCCUCGCAACCGAACGUCGGCUAUUUCGCCUCCUGUCUCUUCGCUCGUCGCCAACUCCCAACUGACGCCUUUGUAGUCGAUUCGGGUGCCACGACACACAUGGUCGCCGACCGAUCUCUAUUCACGACUUAUCGUCAGACGGCACACACCAAGAUCGGCGGCAUCGCGGGCGGCAUCACGGCUAUCGGCAUGGGGGACGUGGCAUUCGUCGCCAAGACUGGACACCCGAUCACGCUCCGUGGUGUUCUUCACACGCCUGGCCUACACGUCAACCUCCUCUCUGUCUCUCGCCUCUGCGACACCGACCGCGUUCGUCUCGCCUUCACCAGCGACGGCAUCGACAUCGCCAAGGACGGCCGGGCCAUUGCUCACGGUACCAGGGUCAACGACGGUCUUUACCUUUUGGACGCGGAUCACACCAAGUGUCAGCAUCUUGCCUUCCUCUCACGCUCUGAGUCUCCCGUGCCCCUGCUUACCCUACACCGCUGCCUCGGCCAUCUUGCCCCAUCCUCUAUACAGAAGAUGAUUGCUGCAGGUUUGCUGGACGGGUUUGGGGCCGGGUACAGUGACAAAGACGUAGAGGAGUUUGUUUGCAAUGCUUGCCUUGGUUCCAAAGGUCACCGCCUUCCCUUUCCCGACUCUGAGUCGCAUUCCGCCGAGAGACUUGGCCUCGUGCACAGCGACGUCCUGUCGUUCCCCACUCCGUCCUUGACCGGGAAGCGCUACCUUGUCACGUUUCUAGACGACCACUCUCGCAAACUCUGGGCAUAUGCGAUCGAUCACAAAAGCGAUGUUUUCCCGACCUUCCAGACUUGGCUCGCCGAAGUGGAGUUAGAGACGAACGCGCGGUUGAGGAUCCUUCGAACCGACAAUGGCGGGGAGUACCGAUCAAACGCAUUCACGGAGUUCUGCAAAUCCAAGGGCAUUCGUCGUCAAUACUCUAUCCCUUACACGCCUCAACAAAACGGUCGCGCCGAACGUGUCAACCUCUCCAUCGUCGAGGGCGUCCUCGCUCUCCUUGCGGACGCCCGUCUGCCGGCCACCUUUUGGGAUGAAGCGGCUGCGUAUUUCGUUUAUUGCAAAAACAGGUGCUCACACUCAGCUUUGGCCAAACAGACUCCAGAAUCCGUUUGGAACGGCCAACGCACCACCGCCACCGCCCUCCACCCGUUCGGCUGCACAGCCUGGCUCACGGUCGCCCCGGACCUUCGCAGCAAGCUCGACCCCAAGGCCGCGCGCGUGAUCUUCACAGGUUACGACCUCGCCUCCAAAGCUUUCCGUUUCUUUGACCAUUCCAUCAACAAGAUUGUACUUGGUCGCAAUGCCACCUUCCUCGACGACGACUUCCCCGGCCUGCCAGUCACCACGCCCGUCGAUGCAGACGACACCGACCGUCAGUUCGUCGUUCCCGCCGACACGCCCGCCCCUGCCGUCAAGACGAGGACCCCACUAGUAAGGUCGGCGCACAUGGACGUCUCAUCCUCCCUUGAUGAUUCUGCCAUGAGCGCCGUUGACGUGGCCCCAGGGUACACUGGCGGAACCUUACUUAAUUCCACAGAUACCGAAUCGUCCUCGUCACCGUCUCCUGAGCCGUCCUCGUCACCGUCGCCCACAAACCCUUUGUCACCGUCGCCUGCGCUGUCACCGUCGUUGGCAGCGUCAUCGUCACCCUCGGUCUCACCGACCGACUCUGACUACUCCGCCGACCCUCUGGACCUCAUCGGCUCACAGACCCCGACUCGCCUUGGCCCACCGGACGUGCACCGCCCAGACUUCAGCACGUACCGUGAGCCCGCAUCGGCUGAGGAGUCGCCCGACGAACUCGACAUCAUUGGGCGUCACUCGCGCGAUGAAUCGCCGGAUGAAAUCGAUUUCCUCACCCAACACCACCGCGCCUUCAUCGCCACAGACGACGACGACCCCACCCUCGACGCCAUCGAGCCCGUCAAAUCGAUCACUAGCGACCCCCAGACCUGGCGCGAAGCAAUGUCCAGCGACGAGCACAACAUCUGGGCUGAGGCCGCCGCCGCCGAGUUCACCGCCAUGCGCGACGACUUCAAGGUGUUCACCAUCGAGCCUCGCUCAUCUGUACCGCCGGGCGCCACCAUCGUCACCUCCAAAUUCGUCUGGAAGACCAAGCGCAACGCAAGCGGUGAAGUCACGGGGCGGAAGGCACGUCUUGUAGCGCAGGGUAACCGACAGCGCGACGGCAUCGACUUCUCAGAAACCUUCGCACCCGUCGCCCGUUUCUCCUCCAUUCGCUGCCUCCUGGCUCUUGCCGCUGCCAAUGGCUACCACGUUCAUCAGGCCGACAUCGACAAGGCUUACCUCCACGGCGAGCUCGAUCAUGAUAUCUGGAUGACGACACCACGCGGUUUCGACUUCCCGAGCGAUAAGGUUCUCCGGCUGCGACGCUCAAUCUACGGUCUCAAGCAGGCCGGUCGCAUCUGGAAUCGUCACAUUGACACAUCACUCAGGAAUCUGGGGUACAAGGCAACAGGCACUGAUCACUGCAUUUACUCUCGCAUUGACGAUCAGCAGCGGCCUCACUAUAUCGCCUUGUAUGUCGACGACCUCCUCAUUGUCAGUCCAGCCCUCGACGAGAUCGAACGUGUCAUCUCCGGCCUUGAACAGCGGUACGGCGUCAAACGACUCGGCCCCGCGGAGUACAUCCUCGGAAUCCAAAUACGCCGCCUGGACGACGGUUCCAUUGCUCUAUCCCAGGAGCGCUACAUCAUGGACGUGCUGGCCCGUUUCCACUUCGACACCACGACACGCGGCACUACGGUGCCGAUGACGCCCGGCCUCUCGCUCACGGCAAUUCCGGGUCAGGGAACGGAGCGCAUUCGUUCGUGGUACCUACAGGCCAUCGGCUCCCUCCUCUACAUCUCCCUUGGCACUCGACCCGACAUUGCCUUCGCCGUCUCGUACCUGUCCCGGUUCGCCAACAACCCCGGCCGCCGCCAUUGGAUUGCCGUCAAACACGUCCUUCGCUACCUUCGCGCCACGUACCGCGAUGAGCUUCUCUAUGCCCGCGGCCCAGCAAAAGUCACGGGUGUGGUUGGUUAUUCUGAUGCGAACUGGGGCGCCUGCGUCGACACAUCCAUUUCAACGAUGGGCUACGUAUUUUACUUGGCAGGCGCCGCUGUCUCUUGGUCGUCGAAGCGUCAGACUCGGGUAGCGGAUUCCACCACUGAUGCCGAGUACCUGGCCUUGUCGCACGCGGGUAAGGAAGCGAUCUACCUUAACCAACUCCUCUCCGAGCUCCACGUUUGCCCAAUCGCUGCAGCUCACAUCUUCACCGACAACGAGGCCGCGGCCGCCGUCGCUCACGACCCCGUUCGCACCUCCGGCACCCGGCACAUUCGCCUCCGCGAGCAUUUUGUCCGUGACAUGGUCAAUCGAGGUGAUAUCUCUCUCUCACACGUUGGCACAGCAGACAUGGUUGCGGACGUAUUCACCAAAGCGCUAGGCCCCAAGAUUUUUGGUACACAUUGCUAUGCUCUAGGCCUCCGGACGCGACAUCCACGGCUCAAGUCUACCUCGCGUUCGCGUGGGGGGGGGUGUGAGGAAUCCACUCUCCGCUCGGCUCAGGACUUAGGCGCGCGGAGCGAACCGGGCGCGGACUUAGGCGCGCGGAGUGAGCCGGGCGCCCCGGCCCAGGACUUAGGCGCGCGAAGCGAGCCUGGGACUUAGGCGCCCGGAGCGAGCCUGGGCCAUUGGCUCAGCCCCAGGCUCGCUGGCUGUGGACUUGGGGCGCGCGGGUCUCUUAUUGUUAGCUUCCUAUUCAUCACUCUUGGCUAUAACUACAUCGCUGACGUAGUAGAGUUGAUCGAAUACGGCCAAGGGGACCCGGCGUCGUCGUCGGUCUGGGAUGUCGUGUUCCAGCCGUUCCUGGAUGCUCUGCACCGUCGAGGCAUCGCGCUGAACCUCUCGCUUCCUACCAUUCACCCCUACCCACAGAGCCGCGCCAUUACAUCCCUUGCGUUUGCCGAUGACGUCGUCGUCGCCGUCGCGGGCUCGGAGUCACUCAACUUGCUCGACGACCUGGCACUCGACUGGAGGCUCGCAACCAAUGGCCGGCUCAACACCGACAAGACCGUCGUACUACCCAUCGGGUGUCGCUGGGAGGCUGGCGAUCGUCCGCUCGUCGUCAAGGCCGAGGGCGAGUCGCUCGAGUGGAUCGGCCUAUCUUUCGACCCCACCGGCAACACCGAACUCGCCAACGUGAAUCUCGUCGCACGGCUCGAAGCGGUGCUCGAUUCGGCACGGGACCGAGGGCUCACACACCACACCCGAGCGUUCUAUGUCAACCGAUACACCAUUCCCAAGAUUGUGCACAUCCUCUCCGCCGACAUCCCACCGCUCGAGGUCGUCAAGGAGCUUGAUCACAUUCUCGCCGACUUUGUCCGCGGCGGCAAGAGGAGGUCGUGCUAUGGCAAGGACAUCGUCUUCACACCGAGGUUCAAGGGGGGUCUUGGGGUCAUGCGGAUGCAGGACGUCGUCGACUCGGUUGCGGCACGCGUCUGGGACGUGCUUCUUGGCGGUUCGGAUGCGAUCUGGCAGGGACUUGCGCGCGCGGCGAUUGUACGAGCCCAUCCCGCCCCCGACUUUGACUUGGCAACCGAUGCGUGGCCUUGCGACUACACUCCGAUCCGAACCGAUCUACACCCAAGAUGGCAGGCCGUGCUGAAGGUACCAUCGACGCACAAUGCGCAAGUCAAGCCGAGGACGUUGACGCUCGCGAACCUUCUCGCUCUUCCGAUCAAGUUGCACACCCUUCACUACCUACCGGGAGCACCAGCUGUGUCGCGACCACCCUACGACGCCGACUAUGCUGCGUUUGCCAUUUACGCCAAGGUAGCGGACCUGUUUCGACGCGAGCUGUACCCGGGCGGGGGCUUUCAUCUCUGGACGCCGCCGAUGGAUGUGGUCGUCAGCAACAGCGAAUACGAUCAACGGGGCCGCCCACAACGAGAGCACAUCGUGGCAUGGUACCGACAUGCGAUCAAUCGAUUGAGGUUCACACCAAUAGCUCAACUGGUGGCGGCAGUACGAAUCAACGGGCCUCCCCGAGUCCGCCCCACCACGCCGCUCGAGUCGAUCCUGCCCCAUCCGAUCGACCCGCCGCAGCGCCUUCCGAGACCGGCUCUCCCAGACCAAUCAACACAAUACAACUUGCUCAGCAUGGAUCGGCCAUACACCAUCCGUCGCGUCCGCCGAGUCUUGAAUGCAAAGGCCUUCACCGACACGAUCGGUUUCAGGGACUCGCUGCAGCCCGACGAUCUCAAGGGAUUCUGGAAGGGGGUCAACUCGAAGGCAUUGACGGCGAGGGAACGCGAGGUGUGGUUCAAGCUCGUCAGGAACUUCACCCCGACUUGGAGCCUGCAGUUUCAUCAAAAGCACGACGACUCGCCCGCGUGCCUCGUCUGUGGAGCGCCCAAGGACGAUCGGGAGCACUACUUCUUCAACUGCGUUGACUCUAGGAACGUUUGGAUCGCGGCAAGGGGCGUGCUCUGCGACGCACUGGGGCUCGACACGAUCGACAACACGCAUUACACGGCCGUUCAACGCAUGUUCGGACUUCCGAAGCUCAAGGCCAGUCUGCGCGAUCAGGAAGGAGCGGGGAGGACGAUUGAAAUAUUCACCGGGCUGGUCUUGGAGAUGAUCAGCAGCGGGAGGUGGGGGAUGCAGAAGUGGGGGACGAGGAUGGAGGGUGUUGGGAGGAGAGGUUGA